AUGGCGCAAGCUUGGCUCCACUUGUGGCAGAGGCCCAGAACCGCCGCCGUCGAUUGUACCGCCACCACCGAGGCCGAAACCCACAAUGUCGCCGGAGUGAGGACGCCCUGCUGCUGCGGGUGCCUGGCGAAGCUGAUAAGGAAGCUGAGGAAGCAAGGGAGGAUGAUGAUACGCGCCGCCGCGGCAGGAUCCAGCCGUCAGCAGACGUUCCAAUGCCGGUACGACCCGCUCAGUUACUCCCUCAACUUCGAACGGAGCCUGCUCGACGACGACGAGGACUACUUCCAGUUCUGCGCCUUCUCCUCCCGAUUCGCCGCCCACCCCAGCAGCAGAAGCUCCGUAGCCGCCGCUACUUAA